GUGCAAAAUCUCAAUGACAUCACGAAGUCUCUGAUAGGUAACAAGGCCAAUCAAAAGAUGGAUGCCUUCAAAGAGAUGCAUGCUCAGAUUUGGAAUGCAGAUCAACGUGUCUCUCCCAACUGGCUGCAAUUUCCCAUUGCAGUGGGUUUUGAGCUGUGCUGGCUCUACAUUGGACUCCCAGAAACCCUGGGUGAGCUCUCUUUCUACCUGCGCAUCUCUGGCGAGUGUGGUGGCAUUCUGAAACAUCGUGGACAAGUACCUGAUUGGAAAGAACUGAAGUCCAGUGGGCUGUCCUUGGUAUCACAAGUCGCUGCCUUUCUGGAAGCAAAUCUUCAGCAGCUGUUCAAGGGUGAGCUGACUCAUACCCGCACUCGACGCACUGGACAGCAUUUGACUUUGCGUGAACGUUUUGGGAUUGUGGACAGUGUCAGAACAGGAAAGUUUUUUACUUUGCCAAAGGCAUUGCUGGAUUCCAAAAGCAAGGCUAUGUCAGUGGCACUUCUUGCGUAUUGGGAUAUGGUGGGGAACUCAGCAAAGCCCAGUCCUCUGCUGAACAUCGGCGCCUAUGCCCCACCACUGGACCACGACUAUUCCAAGUUGGAGUUUGCUAGCAGGGCUAUCGAGCAUGCUUGGGACAUUGAAUCCUUUAAGUGGGUUGAGUCUGUUACUUCGCAUUCACACUCACCUUGCCUCUUUGGCGACAUUUUGGGGAUGGUGCCCAUCAAUGCGUUUGAUGCCACUGAUGGGUACAAUGGCAAGCUCCAGGGCAUCAUGAAUUGCAAUUUAUCGCAUCGGACGUGGUGCAUUGGAAAACACGAUGGUCGAUCAGUUUGUAGAGAAGAUCCCUUUAUGUUCCACAAGCCGACCUUGCAGAAGAGCCUCAAAGAUGACUAUUUGAAGCUCAAGUCCCCCAUGAAAGAUAUCACCUUUACUGAACUUGUCCAAAAGGUGGAAAUUGAGCUGAGCAAGAACCAGAAAUUUGAAGUCCUGGAGUUGCGUACCGGGGAGCAAAUGCUGAGUUGCAAGGGGAUUGUGAAGCCAUUGGGGCCAGCUUCUGAUGGGAAAACAUGGAUGAUUCGAAAGAGUGCACAGGGUAUCCCUUUCGUGACAGAUGGGGUGAAGAGCCGUUGGUGCAUGACUGUUUUCCAAGACCAUGCACCAAAAACUUCUUCCAUUGAAGAAGCUGCGGAACUACCAAGCUUGGAGGUAACUGAGACGAUUCUUGCAGAGUCCAGGGAUGCAAAUAAGAAUUCCAAUGACUCGACACGAGCAGAAUUGCCAGGGGUUUCUCCACAAGUUGGCAAGCUGGAGCCUGACAAGUCCAUGAAGGCCGUGUGUCAUUGUGGGAAAGGCCGUGCUGAAUGCCCAGAUUGCAAAGCUGGGUACAAUCAGGAGGUGGCAGCCGGACGUGCACCAAAACUAGUGAACCCAGGUAGUGAUGAUGAGAACUUGGUGCCACUUCAGGAUUCCAAGGAUGCCGACGAGAAUGACACCAAGAAACCAUCACGAGAUUCAGAUCCUGAUGCCCCAAAGCCACUCAUCAAAAAGGUACCUGUGUGCGCAUGCCAGGAGCAGCGGGAGGUGUGCCCAGAUUGUGGCAAGGGGUUCCUUGAGGUUGUGAAAAAAGGUGAAUUACCACUUUUCAAGGAGAUCGAAAUUGCCACCAAGCGGGUUGCCAUUUGUGAUUGUGGGGAACAUCGUGCUGAAUGUACUGCUUGCAAUGCUGGCUUCAUGACGGUCAUGCUCAAGGGAAAGACCCCAAAGUUCAAGGUGGUGCCUGUCGAUCCAUCAGACAAUCCCACGGGUACAGGAAACACGACACCAGCCCCUUUGCCUGCUCCUGCAGCUACGGCGAGCCCAGAAGUGCCGAGCCCAGAAGUGCCAAAAGAACCUCAGAAUGCAGCUGCACCAGCAACCGAUGAUGUUGCAGAGAAGGGUGGCGCUGUGGCUGCUGAUGCUGGAAAGGAAGGAUCUUCUGCCGUUGCGAUCGAGCCACCAGCAAAGAAACCCAAGGUUGAACCAGGCACACCAAGUGCCACAGCAUCCACCACAGCCAAGACGCCAUCGAUGUUCGAGAGCAGCAAGCAGCCGGGAAAAGGGAAGCCCGCCACCAAGAAGUGCACCACUGAUGUCACCACUGGUGCAAGCAUCAGCGUCAGCCAGUGCAUCAUCGAGUACGGCAUCUCCCCAGCCUGGCAUGAGUGUGAUAUGCAAGGCUUUGCCUUCAAAAGCAUGCUUGGUGCAAGAAGUCUUGCAAACGACUCUCGGCCAGUGCGGGGUGAUGCACUGAAUACCUCAGAUCGGACAGGAAUCUUGGUGAUCGUCAUGAACUCGACCCAAGCAGAAGGUGAUGGGCCCUGGGUACACGCACCACGUGCCCGUUUAUCUGACGUCGAAGAUGCUGACGAAGUCGACGGAGAUGAUGGCCAGGAUGUUGAUGUUGAAGAAGAACAAGUAGGUCCUGCAGCAGCACCCGUGGACCCGGUUCUUCUAUUGCACGACUUUACCAAGCUUGCACCAUACUGGGUGGCCGCAGGUGAUGCACGCGUGUGGUCCCACGCAACUUACUGGCAUGGAGCCCGCAAAAAAAUGACUGAAUUUGCAGCCCUGAAAGAAGCUGUGCUUUGGUUGUGGCGUGUACAUCGCGAGAUUGUUCCAACACACACG